CGUCAAAAUGCUCUUUGACAUCGCGACAUGCGCGCGGACAGUGUCAGUCCCAAAGAUCCACCGAACGACAGUGAGAAAAAGAACACACAGUGGAUUUCCUGCUUAAUACCAACAAGUAGCAUCUGCAAGUAUUUGAAGGCAGAUUAUUGCAGGCUAACAUGCUAAUACGAAGAUAAGAGCAUUUCAAGCGGAUUGUGCGUUUGAUCUACAUGUCAACUCACCUGAGAUCAUCAACAUAAUACGAGUGUUUCUUGCAUUUCCUGCCCUUUAUGAUCCACCUUAUUGAGACUAUGGAUGAGGCAUCGCCGCCAUCUCUGACCGAUCUGUGCGUGACUUUGGUGAGCUCCAGGCUGGAGCUUUUCUGUGAGAAGCGUGAUGAUGGCUCUCUGUCCUUCCGAGAGCUUCUGGUGUUCCCGCAGGAGCUGGCCGACCGACUGCUUUGCAAGAUGGCAACUGAGGGGCUACUUAACGACAGUACGGUGGGAAUCUUCCGAAGCUGCCAGCAGUUUCGGUUGCGACAUGCCUGCAUCCGCACCGCCCGCAUCUCUGCAGAGGCUUUCCAUCGCGCCCUCUGCUCCCACCGCCUCGUGGAGCUGGACGCCUCUCAGGUCAAUGCUGAUCUCACCAUUGCCGACAUCCUUCGGGGCCUCUCGUCCAGUAAAAUCCUGCAGGACAGCCUGCAGCAGCUUGUCCUUAACGGCCUGACCAUGUACUCUCUGGAGGAACCCAGCCGACAUUGCUUCAGUGCCAUGCAGGGUCUUCGGGCACUCUGCGUGUCCAACGUAGACUUCUACGACUCCAGCUUGGUGGACGUGUGUGCGCUGCCUCGUCUGGAGAGUUUGGAUAUCUCCAACACAUCAGUGACAAAUCUGACCCCACUCCUGGGGUUAAGGAACAGGCUACGCUACCUCACAAUGCACCAGCUCAAGAGGCUGGAGAUGACCACAGCUCAACUGCUAGCUGUGCUGAGCCAGCUGGAGGGAUUACAGCACCUUGAUAUCUCGGACGAUAAGCAGUUCACAUCUGACGUGGCACGGCAGCUGCUGGAGACUCCUGGCAUUCUGCCCCAGUUGGUGUCUCUGGAUGUAUCGGGCCGCAAGCAGGUGACUGAUGCAACUGUCAGGGCUUUCGUGGAGGCGAGACCGAGCAUGACAUUUGUUGGUCUGCUGGCCACUGAUGCCGGUUUCUCUGAAUUCUUGUCUGGAGUGGGCAGCUUAACGGUGACCGGGGAGGCCAAUGAAAUGCAGAUCUGCGAGGCAUUGAGGAGGUACAGUGAGAGAGAGGGGUUUGUCAGAGAGGCACUAUUCCACCUGUUCAGCCUCACUCAUGCCAUAGAGAAACCACGACCUGACAUCCUGAAGUUUGUAGCAUUGGGGAUGAAGAAUCAUCCAGCCACUUUGAAUGUUCAGCUGGCAGCAAGUGCCUGUGUGUUUAACCUCACCAAACAGGAUCUGGCCUUUGGAAUCCCUGUGCGACUUUUGGGUAAAGUCACGCAGCUCUUACUAGAAGCCAUGAAGACCUUCCCCAACCACCAGCAGUUGCAGAAGAACUGCCUGCUCUCUCUCUGUAGUGAUCGAAUCCUGCAGGAGGUUCCAUUUAACAGGUUUGAAGCUGCCAAGCUGGUAAUGCAGUGGCUGUGUAAUCAUGAAGACCAGAACAUGCAGCGGAUGGCUGUAGCUAUUAUAUCCAUCCUUGCUGCUAAGUUGUCCACUGAGCAAACCGCACAAUUGGGAGCAGAGCUCUUUAUCGUAAAGCAACUUCUUCACAUUGUGCGGCAGAAGACGUGUCAGGUGGCGAUUGAUGCCACAUUAAAGUUCACACUCAGUGCUCUGUGGAACCUCACGGAUGAGUCUCCCACCACCUGCAGACACUUCAUAGAGAAUCAGGGACUGGAGCUCUUCAUCAAAGUACUGGAGUCCUUUCCAUCAGAUUCGUCCAUUCAACAGAAGGUCCUGGGUUUAAUGAAUAAUAUCGCUGAGGUGAGGGAGCUGCACGGGGAGCUGAUGGUGCAAAGUUUUCUGGAUCAUAUCCGCUCUCUGCUGAACAGUUCGGAGGUGGAGGUCAGUUAUUUCGCCGCAGGCAUCCUGGCCCACCUCGCCUCACGGGGAGAAAAAGUGUGGACUCUUGAUCUGACCCUCAGAACCACUCUACUGGAGCAACUGCAAUCAACGAUUCUGAAGUGGCCAACGCCAGAAUGUGAGAUGGUAGCGUACAGGUCAUUCAACCCUUUUUUCCCAUUACUGAAGUGCUUCCAGACCCCAGGAGUUCAGUUAUGGGCUGCAUGGGCCAUGCAGCAUGUCUGCAGUAAAAACGCCGGGCGGUACUGCAGUAUGCUACUGGAGGAGGGAGGACUGCAGCAGCUUGAUGCCGUGAGGUUUCAUCCUGAAACCCACGGCGAUGUACGCAGAUUGGCUGACAGCAUCCUAGACAGUUUACAUCAUCAUAGGACAUGCACAGGAUAUACAGGGCCACCCACAAAGGAAACACAUAUAGAGAAAAAUUUUCCAUGACACAACUCGCUCUCUUCUGGUCUCUGAAAAGGAUGCAGCAAAUAAAACUGGAAGCUUUUUGAAUGUGCAUAUGUUUACUCAUGCCCAUCUGUAUAAAAAUGACACACUGCUUCCCUUCCUGUACAUCCAAGGAUUAUGUGGAUGAGUCACUUUGCAUCUGUUUGCACAUGCCAGAAUCCAUUAUUUAUUUGACAUAAGAAUAAGAAAUAUAUCUGUCUCUGUGACUUGAGAAAAUUUUUAUAUAGAUGGACAGCAGCUAAGACUGUGUGUUUGUUAAAAUAAGAGACUUGGAGUAUGUGUGCAAAGAGCAUGUGCAUCAGGUUGCUUUGUAAGCCUAUUUACAGUAGAUUUGUUUGGAUGCAUAUAAAAAAGUAUAUAUGACAGAUUUCUGUCCCAUUGGACAUAAAAGGCAAUACAUGUAUUGAACAAAUACUUGAGCAUAUAUUAAGGUCUGUCUUAGUGACGUUCAAUGUGGAGUAUGUUAAACGUGUGUGUGUGUGUGAGAGAGAGAGAGAGAGGGAGAGAAAGGGAUACAAAUCAUGUGAUCUGGGUGUGUGCACGAGAGAUAACGUCUUAUCAUUUUUGUAUACUACUUGUCAAUGCAUUGAUAAGAUGGUCUGAGCUUUUGGGAUGAUGUAUUUUUUUAUCGACUGCGGAAGAUGACAGUGUUAUAAUGGUCCGUGCGUUGUGUUGCGCGCAAACAAUUACGAUUGUUUGUUUCAAAACAGUACAAAAUAGACAACUCAAAGUUUGGAUGAAUUAUUUGAAGAUUCCUCAACAACCCUGAGCUUUUCAGAAGCUGAAAUUAUCCAUGAAAUGGUUAAUUAAUGAGAUUAAUAAAAUGUAAGCUUUUGCCUUCAGACUUUCUUUAUUGGACAGCUCCGUUGAGGCAAAGCAGGAACUUGUCUAUAUAUGGAUUGUUGCCUUAAGUCAUAAAUCAAACCGUGACUGAAGGCAUAAAACAAUGCAGACAAACAGCACCUUGGUAAAAAGUAAAGAAGAAUUGGUGUGCUGGUGAUUUGCCCUGUUCAAGUCAUGGGAAUUGCCUUCUAGCUAAUAUAUAUAUAUAUAUAUAUAUAUAUAUAUAUAUACACACACAAUACAGUUAAAAAAAUUGUUCUUUAUUUAACACCAAUCAACUGUAAACGAACACGUUCAACUUGUUUCAGCUUGACAAAAAAAGUUGCAAUUUUAAAAAUGAAACAUUGUUCCAUUUGUAUGCCAGUAAACUAUUGAAGCUUAUCUAAAUAUAAUUUUAUUUCUGUGUAUGUGUAUGCUUUUCACUGCAUGGAUUUGGUUUUGUUUUCAUAACUGGGUCUGGUAUUACGAUGAGAUACCCGAAACACGUGUGCUUUGUUCCAGAAGGCCUUAUCUAUGUCUAGACGUUUUAAUUUGGAAAGAAAUCCUCAUUUUCUUGCCAACGCACUAGGAGAAAUUGGCAACUUUAGGGAGUUUUAUGCACUGCUAUGCAUAACAACACUGCCUUAUUGGAUUAAGAUUUAACGUUAAACUAGACGUCAAUUAUUAAUCUGCCACUUGUUUAAACAGACCAAAUGACUCCAGGUUCACCAAACUUUCAUGUACAUGGCUGUCUGUAAAUAUGUAUUUUUGUUCUGUGGAGUACCAAUUAUCAUUCUCACUCAGAUUGUGGAAUGAGCAGCAAAACCAGAUUAAGCUACAGUGUCAUACUGCUGCUCAUAUUCCAAUUUAUGCAAAAUCUUUGAGGAAUAAAGAAUGUAAACCCCAUCUGUUCAGUCUGGUGUCCACCUUUAUUAACACAGUAAUUUUAAUGGUGAAGUGUGUCCCUUUUGCGAUGUUAAAAUACUUUACUUUUUAUUCGCUUAAUACGCAGAGACAUCAUUAAGUAAACCAUUCAUAGGAUGAUUUCCCAAAAUUUCUGUUUGUAUGAACAUCCCGACGUCGCAACAUUGGUGCAAUCAAUGUUUGGUAGAGGAGCUAUCUGUUUCUUCGACCACUGUAAGGAGAGGAUUAAGGAAACCUGUUUGAAAACAGUCAUUAAUUUAGUGUUUGAUGGUAGAGUCAAAGCAAUUGCAUGCUUCACCUUUAAAGGAAUAUUCUGGGUUCGACUCAAUCGACUGCACGUUUGGCAUAAUGUUGAUUUCAGCAAAAGAUAUUUGACUUGUUACUCUUUUUCAAAAAUCUUGGUUCCAGUGAGUCACUUACAAAUAGAAGUGAAUGGGGCCAUUCCUUAAACAUUAAAAUACUCACAAGACAUAAAAAAUAAGUGUGUUGACAUGAUUUAAGUGUGAUAAAAUCACUUGCCAACCUUUUCUGUUUAAAGUUAUAUCCAAUUUAACAACUCUGUUGCCAUGAUGACGUAGAUG